UCUUUGGUGUCCUCUCUGACUCUAUAACUUUAGUCUUUCUCGAUUUCAUUUUCAAGCUUCAAGUUUCACUUUCGAGUCUUCCUCAUUGGUACUCUUGAUAGGUUGGUUCAUUCUUUCCGGAAUUUAUUUGAAAAAUUGCCAACAACUUUCUAUAAACAUGUCUGCCCUUGCAAAUGAAAAAGUUUGGCUUGAAAAAACUAUCUACACUGAUGCAGAACGCAAUUAUUAUGAAUCACUAUCAAAGGGUAACCAAGCUUCUCCAGUUGUAACAGGGUCAGUUUUAGCCAGUGAAGUAGCUAAAGCAAGGCAACACAUUAAAAACUCUCUGGAAUGUAUGGAUAGCGUCGCUGUAUUGGCUGGAGUUCCAAACACUGAAAUCAGUAAUAAAAUAAACACUUUAGAAAAUGAAAAUUCUGAACUGAAAAAGGCUGUUGAUGAUCUACGCAAACUAGUUAUUAGCCUGCAAGUGAGAGUUGAGUCAUUGGAAACUGCAGGUUCCAGCAAUUCAAAACUACCUAAGAUAAUAACAGCUGCUAAGGUAUCAGAUGACUCUGAUGAUGGAGUUGAUUUAUUUGGAUCAGAUGAUGAAGAGGAAAACGCAGAGGCAGCUAAGCUAAGAGAAGAUCGGCUUGCAGCAUAUAAUGCUAAGAAAGCUAAAAAACCUGUUCUAAUUGCAAAAUCCAAUAUUAUAUUAGAUGUUAAACCAUGGGAUGAUGAAACAGAUAUGAAAGCAAUGGAAGAUGCUGUAAGAAAGAUCACUACUGACGGUUUGCUAUGGGGUGCAGCAAAACUUGUUCCUUUGGCUUUUGGUAUCAAGAAACUGCAAAUAUCUUGUGUAGUUGAAGAUGAAAAGAUAUCAGUUGAUUGGCUUACUGAAGAAAUCGAAAAGCUGGAAGACCUUGUGCAAAGUGUUGAUAUAGCUGCAUUCAAUAAGGUGUAACGAAGAGAACAACUUUUUAUUUUAUUAAAUUUUAGAGCUAC